CAGACUCUGACAUCCAACCUGACUGAGCUGCAACGAGGAAAAUCAGAUUUGCAAGGAAAAUUGGACCACCUGAUCCAGUUGACCAAGGGGAGAGAAGGCCUAUCUCCUCUAGCAUCUGGCUAUACUGGAAUGGCACCAGCUACUCCUGUCAAGACUGUAGAUUUGGAAAUGAAGCAGCUACAGUGUAAACUGAAGAAUGCAAACAAUGAAAUCACUAAACAUUCAUCAGCCAUUAAAUCUUUGAAAUAUGAAGUCCAAAGAAAAGAAGAACAGAUGCAGGAACUGCAAGAAAAGAUUUCUAGAAUGGAGAGAGAUUUAAGUAUGAAAAGACAGUUAAUAGAAGAUUGGAGGUUGCGUAUGAAAACAUAUCAGGAAAAGGAGAAAAGCUUUAAUGAAAUGUUGCAAGGUCUGGAAGGAAAGGUAAAGGCAUUAACUGAUGAUUGUUCAAACAAAAAAAUAUCCAUGGAUUCACUAAAGCAAAGGCUUAAUGUAGUUACCAAAGAAAAGGCACAGUAUGAACAGAUGUAUCGCAGAGCUAAAGAAGAGUUGGAGAAAAAGGAGCUUAUGCUUGCCAAUCUAGAAACUAAAAUGACAGAGGCAGAAUAUGCCAUGACUGAACUUGAAACAACUGCCUCUCAGGAGCUUCACCGCUUAGCAAGGCAAAGUGAGCAGGCACUUGAAGUGGUACAGAAAAAGUUGAUCAUGUCCAAUGAAAAAGUGGAAGAAUUCAUGACCUUUGUGAAGAGCUUGGCCACUGAGCUACAGCAUAAUGUGAAAGAGAUGCGAACACGAAUCAGAUGUACUAAAAAAAUGCAGGAAGACAAAAAAUGUGGUGGUAACAUUUCCAAAGAAUCUGUUCACCGGGCCCAGUACUUGGCAGCAUCGAUCCUUAAUAUUUCAAAAACUGAUUUAGAUGAGAUACUCGAUGUUGAAAACGAUGAGGAAACGGAACAGAUGAAAAUGGAAUAUGAAAGUGACAAAGAAUGGUUGGGCUAUUUACAAAAACUUCUGGAAGGACAGUUUCCUUUUGCUUCGUAUUUAAUGGAUGCAGUGCUGGAAAAACUAAAUGAACAAAAGAAGCUGGCAGAAGAAUACAGUUCUCUGAUGAAGCAGAUGGCCUAGGAGCUAACAAACUGACUUUUAAAAAAGAAGAGGGUUUCAUUUUGCACUGUGAUCCAGUUCCUGGGAUUGGUGCACAAGAACAGAUGAUCUAUCACAUACAGUAGCAGCUGGAUUUGCUUCACUUAUGUAGACUAGUUAAAAUAAUCAAAAUAGAUUCACAAAUGCAUGAUAGAUACAGAGCAAAAUAAACAUGGCAGGUUCAUCUGACAAAAUAUGAAACUACCCUUAGUAGGAAUUUUUUACUGUUUUUUAUGUAUUGUACACCCAUUCAUAAAUACAGGUUUGCAAUUUUCAGUAUAAAUGUUCUGAAGUUAUGACAUUUAAUCUAGUAUCAGUUUUAAAAUCCCGAUCAUCAGUGAAAUUAUAGUCAAUUUACUUUUUAUCCAAAACAUCUAUUUACAAAAAAAGAAAAGUGUGAUGUGAAUAUCAGCAAUAGUAUUUGGAUAAAUGUUAAGAUCCAUUCAACAGAUAUGGGCUAUUUUUUUCAACUACAAAAUAAUAAGUACAAAGUAUUUAAGUGUAUUUUAGAAACAUAUCCU